UUAUACAUUUGUAAUGAACGAAAAUAAUGUCCCUAUGUAACAUUAUUUUAACAAUAUUAGUGUCUACUGUCUAAUGCCGAAUGGCAGACUCGUGACUGACAUCUGUGAUCUGACGUGAUAAUAACUAAAAAAUACACAAGCUGAUAAUUGAUACUACGUUUUGUUACCCAUUUUUUGUUUUGAUAAUUUUUUAUCCACAGACAUUUUAUUAAAAUUUAGUUAUAAUGAGCAAUGCAGAAGAAAAGUCAUUUGAAGCUAUUGAAACAAAUGGUAAUUUAAACAAAGAUGAAGAUAGAAAAAAUUGGGUUAAAUUUGAUGAUGAAUCUCCACAACAAAGUGAUUUUAAUCUAAAAUCAGAAGUGGUGGAUGAAUCAGCUGCUAGUACUAUAAGGCAUUCAACGGCUUCAAAUUCUGCUAUACCUGCUGUACUAAAAACUGAAACAGUGCAUGUAAACUUAGAUCGCAGCGAAAAUAAUAUCGAACCACUGUCGCAAAGUGCUGUUAUGAAAAAUGUUGAAUAUAUCAAUACCCGUCAUGGUUUUACUAAUGGCGACGUUAUUGUGACCUUGUUGCCUACUAAUACGAAAUGGCCAUGGAUUACCACUGCAAGAUUUCGUCCAGAACUUGUCCCCGAGGAGCUAAUGGCUCAGGGCUUAACUCUGACUGUUGAGGAAUAUGUUCAUGCAAUGGAACUUCUUGUAAAUGAUGCCCGUUUUACAAUGUAUAAUAUUUGCUACAAGAGAGUUCUAGUUUGUUGGAUUACUAUAGCAUUUCUUGUGCUCCUAACCUUACUAUUUUCGGGCUUGACUGGUCUGACAUUAUUUGCACUUGGAGUUAUGUGGCUUGUUCUUAAUGCAAUGGCCAUUUUUCUUUGCAUGUGGAUAAAGUUAAAACUAUCCAAAGGAUUAGAGCAAUGUUUAGCAAGUGUUAAUAAAUUAUUGAAUAAACACAAACUUUUGCUAGCAUUAGAUGACAGAGGAAGAAUAUCAUGUCACAAAGUAAACCUUUGCUAUAUGUAUUUUGAUUCGGGGCCAUGCAUAGCACAUUUACAGCAGUUUAUUGAUAGCGAGGAAGGUAAAACAAUAAUGCAAGGUUGGGAACGACGAUUAGAUGUGUCAACCAAUGAUAUUGUCAUACAAGGCAGCCAAUCUACAAGAUUAUCCCGAAAACAGGAUAUGGCGGAGCAAGUGUUCCUCCGGUAUCUUCAGCGGUGGGGCAAAGACUUCUUAAGACGACGACUCGAUUGGACACUAGACGAGGAUGGCGGAAAUCCCGCUUCGCCAAGGCACUUAGCUAAUGCGUUGUGCCCUUGUCAGUAUAUAGAGGAGAUAUUGCGGAACAAAGAACCCAAAGAUAAUCGUGCCUGUUGUCCACCGUGCAACAACUGGCUCAGGCGCCGCGGUCUUGAUUGACCAAACCGCUUAAGUUUGGAGAGAGGUGCGCUUCUAUAUUUACGAUAUGCCGGUCGUUGGGGAUCACAUGCAGUUAAAAACAGAUUGAAUCUCAGCAGUGCUCAACCCGGACGCCAUGGCGAAAAAUUCAUCUGUCCUUGUCAGUUCAUAGAAGAACACUUGAAAACGAAGCCACCUGGAGGAUUAGCUAAGUUUUUCACUUUACCUACUCAAAGUAUUCAGUUAUACUGAGUUAGUUAUUAUAAAAAUAGUAACGUGUCCGUCCAUUUUGAAUUUAUAGUACUAUACAUAAAAUUGUAUAAUAUUAAACUAAGUAUUUAAAUUAUUCUUAACAUUUUUUAAUGUAUAAAAAAUGUUAUACAUUAUUAUUUAUAUUAUAUAACAUUAUUAUUUAUAUCGUCCAUUUUUACCUAGAUAUAAAUUUUAUUUACAAAGAUAUUUACCUACCUAAAAAGUUUCUUCAGUUUUGCAUAUAAAAUGAAAUUGUGCUCCUAAUUUGAAAUCCGUUAAACAUUUUCGAAUUUAAAAAAUUUUCAACUCAAGCAUAUUUCUGUUAUUUAAAAAUUAGAUUAAUUUUAAAAAUUAUAAUGUUGGUAAAAAACCGUGGAUAAAUAUUUCAGUAUUAUUAUUUGAGCAAAAUAGCAAGUUUGAAUAUUGUAAUUGGUAGAUAUUUUUGUAAAAAAAGCCAUAAAACAAAAACAGUAUUUUUGUACUAAAUCAUAAAAAAUGGUUUUAGUCAAUCUUAAAAUGUUACUAUACAUUUUUUAUUACUUAUUAUAUAUUUGUUACUUGUUUUUUUUUUAGCUGACUAGACAUUUUUUUUAUAUUAAGACUAACGUGUAUUAGUGGAUGUUACUGUACUUAAUGGAUAACUUUAAGGCUCUUUUGUUUAUAUUAUAAAUGCUAUGGUUUACAGUAAAAAAAAUUGAGCGGCUUUCAUCAUUUUUAAUCAAAAAGGAAUUGAAAAUAUGCGCCAUGUUAGAUAUACAUUGAUCCACAAAAGAUUUGAUUAUUUCAAAAUAAUUUCUUUGCUAUUAUUUAAAAUAGAUAAAAUUAAAUUAGUAGGCAAUUAUUGAAUUCAAUGCUUAAUAUCACAGAUUUAAUUUUAAGUGAAAUAUUUAUAUUAAAAGGAAUUUUACCAAUGAAAACAAGUAAACAACAUAAAAUAAUGAAUUUUAAUGAACAUAGUUUUUACUUACAAGGUUUAGAAAAAUAAUCAUCAUGGUAAAUACAUUGAUGAUAUGCACUUAAUUCUUAUUUUCUGAAUAUUUUGGACCUGAUAAAGAUAAGCCAAAUAUUCAUUUAGACAAAUAGCUUAAAAAUAUAAUAUGGAAAUUGGCUAUAUGUAAAAAGAAGAGCUGAGUAAAAUAUGGGAAUUAUGGUCUGCACAUAUAAUUAAAAUAUAUCUUUUUGUUUCAAAUGGACUAUUGUGUGCCAACAUCCAGCCUUUGAUCUGAAAAAUGUAUUGUUUUGUUUCAUUAUUCCUGGGCUAUUCUAUUAUUUAAAUCAGUUGGGGACUUUUCGCAUUAUAUUUGCCAUUGUACAUAUCGUGCGAGUUGAUCGGUACAAUAUCCACGUAAAAGAAGGCUCGAAACAUAAAAUCGAAUGUACCAGGUACAAAAAUAAAACGACAUGCUAAUUAAUUGUUUUAUUAUGUAUAUUUUGUUUAACUUAUAUAUUGUUACAAAAAAACAGAUUAUCAUCCUGUAGCAUAUGUCGUAUGCAAUAUGUAUUAUUUGUACUUAAAAUUAUUAUUGCUCUUGCUUUUUCUUAUAUAUAUAUAUAUAUAUCUUAAAAGUGACAAAUAAUUACAAACUAAGUAUUUAAAAUCAUACUAGUCGCCAUGAGCACAAAAAGUGUAUAUACACAUACAUCAAGUUUGAUUAUGUCUUUUCAGAAAUUGUGUAUUUUAAUUACAUGCUAUCAUUAAAUUAUUAUUGUUUACUAUGUAAUUCAGCUUACAAUUAACAUAAAUAUAUGUAUAGAUAGAAUUGGAAUUUUAAUAUAGGUAGGAAUUUUAACUUUAAGCCAAAGCUCAAUUUUAUUCAAGUUUGUGAAUAUUUGAAACUGAAAUAAAAUGAGUAGCAAUAAUUUUGCGCACAAUCAAUUUUAAAGAUUUAACACAUUUGUAUUAUAAUAAUAAAUUCAUUUAUUUUUUUGUUAUACUUAUUGCAAUGGAAUCGACAUAGUAUUCCAAAUAUAUUUAUAGCAGUUUUAGAAACUCAAGUAAUUUUAUAAAAGGUAGCUAGUUGUUGUGAUUAAAAAAUAACAUUCCGUCCUUUACAAAAUUUAUUUAUUCAUAUAAUAUUUAGUCAUUAAUAAUAUAUUCUUUAUACACAUUUUUGUUAUUCAAUAAAUAUAUUAAAUCUAC